AUGACUGUAUCUGAAGGGAAUUCCGAAGACGCUCCGGACACAAUGUCUCAGAUGACAAAGAAGCGCAAGCACUCGGAUGACUCUAAGCCAACUCGCCGCGCCUUGAGUUGCACCGAAUGUAAAAGGAGGAAAACCAAGUCGGAAAGAUCCCCUGUGAUUCGUGUCGAUGUAAACCCGACGAAUCCUGCACCUGUUCCAUCUACAGUACAAAGUGAAGUAGAUGCCCUGCGGGAGCAAGUGAAUCGAUUGGAGAAACUGGUCACUACCAUCAGUCGUAAUGCAACCAUCGACGCAUCCGAUUCUAAUCGACCAGCUCAGCCGACGCCGCUUUAUAAUCUGGAGCAUGCGGCUACGAGUCUAGAACAUUUCGUAGUGGGGCCAGGGGUUCGACCGGGUAUUACCGACACUCCUGGUUCUCCUCUCAAUCAGUCCAAGAUCCAACCACAGGCCACCUCGUCACCGCUAUCGUGGAUAUAUGGCGACUCUAGUUUCGAUCAGACCCUUCUGACCAUACUCCCCCGUGUGUUGCCAAAUUCUCCGCUUGGUCAACAGCUUGUGGAAGACUUCUUUGGUGGCCCGAUACACAUAGCCUGGCAUCAAUACAGCAUCCUCGGUCUGGACGAUUUCGAGGUCAUCGUCGAUCCAGUAUGGUUCGCGGUGUACCUGAUGGUCCUCGCUUUCGCCAUCAAAUUCCCUCAUCCUAAUCGCUUGCUCUCGGUAGCGUCGCUCAGUACCUCACAGCCUGAACUCUUAUCGACCUUACAACGGGCAAGUGUGAAAGCCCUUGACUCGUCAAACUACAUGUCAGAUCCACAAAUAAGCCACAUACAGUCUGGUUACAUUGUCUCCCAAUCAUUCUCUGGAGAUCUGUCGGCAGCUGUACCACCUGCUGAAGUUUAUGGAUGGAACGAUAUUCAAGCGGCCGGGUUUAUGGAGAUUAUCAAGGAAUGUGACUACCAGCAUACUUUGCUACCCAAAGAACACCCUUUCAUUGAGAUGACAGAAGCUACCUUGCCUAGAGAAGCGCUUUUGUCGACACAAUUCGAAGCUUUAGCAGAAGCUCCGCUUUAG